AUGCGACCAACAAGUCACCCAGACGUCUUCAAUGCAGUAUUUAACUCGGUGAUAACCAGCUUGCCGUUCAAAUGACCACGAUGGGGAGCAUCAGCGUCUCUUCCCAGAGAAGAUGGAACAGUCCGCCACCGGAUAUUGGGCAGCACUUGCGGAGAGACUUCGGAGUCUGCUCAGGGGCUCUGAGAAUGCCAACCUCGACAACCAAGCUUCCCCUGAAUGGGCACAUCCACAAGCUUUCGGGUCUAUUCUCGAGAAAGACGAAGACUUCCUGGAAUACCCCAAAGGAUUCCCUCGUUUCGCCCGAAUGCAGGACUACUUCCGCAAUGGAAGCAUUCAUCGGCGGUACGGUCCGCUUCGCCAGCGGCUCCUACAACACAUUGAAGUAGAAAUCGCGAAGAGGGAGGCGCGAUUGCUCGAGCUCGACAAGGAAGGCGAGCAGGAAGAGACUUGCGAAAAAGAACGGCUCAUAGAAGAGUUGAUCCAACUUGAUGACCUUUACGCAAGAAUGUUGUACAACGACUAUAAAACGAGAAAGCUACGCAGAAUCGACCAUCACGAGUAUCUCAAUUUUUUUGGUACCGCAAAAGACCUUGGCAUCCUGGAAGGCGACGCGAAGGACUACCUCCAUGCACCAUCAAAAGAUUUUGUUACAACCAGACCCGAACGGCUUUACGACUCGCUCGAGCGGCUGGCUUUCCGCGUCCAGAUCAGUUGGCUAUUGAAACUCCUACCAAAGACGGAGGCGCCAGAAGGGAGCCCUUACGAAAGCCAUUUUGACCCGGGAUGGUUCAUCGCCCUGGGCGUGGUGGCCAUUGGGUUGCUCUGCCUUCUGCUCUUUCUGCUGCCGGUGGCAAUUCUGUACUUUGUGCAGCCCAGCGCGGGCUGGUCCGCGGGGGUGGUGGCCACCUUUGGGCUCGCCUUUACGGUCGUCCUCGCGCUGAUGCCGCGCGUCCAGAUCGAAAACAUUUUUAUCAGUCUGGCGGCCUAUGUUGCCAUCAUGGUGGCAUUCCUUGUCAACUUCCAGGGCGGGCAAUGUAAGUGUCAGGUAUCUUCGGACUGAUUGAAACCGGGUUAAGGUUGAAGAAUAUAAGACUGUAAAAGGUUUGCGUGGAUUUACCUUGAAGUAUUGGGUCUUUGUUGGUUGCUAUUGGGUGUUUUUCUCUUGUCACGAAAAUAUAAGCUGUGAAGCCUCGACUGGAAUUGGUACUAUUGAGUGUGGUAGAUAUAUCAAGGAAAUUCCGUAUG